UAACCUGUAUUGACGCCUUAAAUAAAAGCCUCUUUAUGUUAGAUUCACAGUUUCUACGAGAGGUUAAUGUCUUGUCCUCCAAAACAGAGUGUAUUUUUUUUGGAUUAUUAGCUAAUGUUUGUGCAGUUAACAGUUAACAAUGGAGAAUAUUUCGAUUGAAUCUGUGCCAGCACGCACGGGGCAAAUUGUUAAUUCAAGCGCCGAGUCGCACAACUCAAUAAGCAAAAAUACAGAUAAUCAUCAUUUGGCUGAGGAGCCCGUGCCUAAGAAAUUGAGAUGCAGAAAGUCAAUCGCUAGAAGCUCCAUUGUUCUAAGAAGCACUCAUAAAGUGACAUCACUACCUUAUUUGCCUACUGAAAUUGUUGAAAUGAUACUCUGCAACGUCAGCACAUCUAAUCUACUAAACUGCCGAUUAGUGAGUUGGCAUUGGAACGCAAUCUCGUGCCGUAUCAUUCGUGGACGCGACGACAUCAGCGUACAUCUGGCACUCGUUGGCGGAAAAUAUGUCCAUAUCAUGCAGCACCGACACACCAGCACAGCGAACUACACAUUGGGUCCGAGGAGUUUGGCUGAUCUUGUGGUUUGCUUAGAAGAGUCAACACUGUUCCCGUUCACAAGCUUUCGAUUCGAUGGUAUGUCUACAAAAUCUUUUGGACUUGAAGACUUGAGACAAUUUAUAAAAACUUGGGGAAGCAGCGUUCGUUCGAUCAGAGUUAAUCUGCCCGAAUUUGAAAACGUCGAGAUUUUGCAAAUUUUACUCUUCGAAAAAUUUCCAAAUUUGAAGAAGCUCAGAUUUUUGUUGGAAUUAACUUGACAAUAGCUCGCGGAUUGAGUAGUUAAACAUGGAACGCUGUAAAUACAAUAAACGUCUUUUACUU